GAGACCAGUUACUGACACACUUUUCCGAGGAAGCUGCCGAGUGCCGGUUAGAUCUCUCUCCGAUGUCCGAACGAUUAUAAGAAUCAGGGCUAAUGUGCUUUCUCUGUGUCUCCUAGACUCCAAAUCUCCCUCUCUUUUUCCGUUAUAAACCUAUAAACUGAUCGAGAUUGGAAGUACCGGAAAGGCUCCAUGGCUGUUCCUGUUGAAGAAGCCAUUGCAGCUCUAUCGACGUUUUCGUUAGAGGAUGAACAACCUGAGGUACAGGGCAUAGCUAUUCAGCUAUCAACCGAAAGAUGUGCAACUAACAGUCCUAUAGAGUAUAGUGAUGUUUCUGCUUAUCGCCUAUCUCUGUUGGAGGACACAAAAGCCAUCAAUCAGCUGAAUACACUUAUUCAAGAGGGGAAGGAGAUGUCAUCUGUACUGUAUACAUAUCGCAGUUGUGUCAAAGCACUUCCUCAGCUUCCCGAUUCCAUGAAGCAAAGUCAAGCAGACUUGUAUCUAGAGACAUAUCAAGUUCUGGAUUUGGAGAUGAGUCGUCUACGUGAAAUUCAGCAAUGGCAAGCAACAGCUGCAUCUAAACUGGCAGCUGAUAUGCAACGCUUUUCCAGGCCUGAGCGACGCAUAAAUGGCCCUACAGUAACUCAUCUUUGGUCCAUGUUGAGGUUGCUUGAUGUUUUGGUGCAACUUGAUCAUCUUAAGAAUGCAAAAGCGAGUAUACCUAAUGACUUUUCUUGGUAUAAAAGGACAUUUACUCAAGUCAGUGUACAGUGGCAAGAUACUGAUUCUAUGAGGGAGGAAUUAGAUGAUUUACAGAUUUUCUUAAGCACAAGAUGGGCCAUUUUAUUGAACUUGCAUGUUGAGAUGUUUCGUGUGAACAAUGUAGAGGACAUUCUUCAAGUCCUCAUAAUAUUUUGUGUGGAGUCUUUGGAGUUGGAUUUUGCACUACUCUUUCCAGAUCGCCACACCCUUCUUCGUGUUUUGCCCAUUCUUGUUGUUUUAGCAACAUCAUCAGAGAAAGAUGGUGAAUCACUGUUUAAGAGGGUGAAAAUCAACAGACUGAUCAACCUGUUCAAGAAUGAUCCUGUUAUUCCUGCAUUUCCAGAUCUUCAUCUCUCUCCAGCUGCAAUGUUAAAAGAGUUGUCUAUGUACUUCCAAAAGUUCUCAAGUCAAACUCGUCUUCUCACUCUUCCAGCACCACAUGAGCUCCUUCCUCGUGAUACACAAGAUUAUCAGAGACAUUACUUGAUUGUUAAUCACAUAGGUGUUAUUCGUGCCGAGCAUGAUGACUUUGCUAUUCGGUUUGCUUCAGCCAUGAAUCAGAUUGUAUUGUUGAAAUCAACUGAUGGUGCUGAUUUUGAGUGGUGCAAGGAAGUUAAGGGGAAUAUGUAUGAUAUGGUAGUUGAAGGUUUUCAGCUCCUAAGCAGAUGGACUGGACGUGUUUGGGAGCAAUGUGCUUGGAAAUUCUCUCGCCCUUGCAAAGAUGAGAUUCCUGUAGAAUCUCAAGAGCCUUCUACACCAUAUUCUGACUAUGAGAAGGUUGUUCGCUGGAACUACACAAUGGAAGAAAGGAAGGCACUAGUUGAACUUGUCAGUUACAUAAAGAGUAUUGGCUCAAUGAUGCAGCGAUGUGACACAUUAGUGGCAGAUGCUUUAUGGGAAACAAUCCAUGCUGAGGUCCAGGAUUUUGUACAGAACAAAUUAGCCACUAUGCUGCGAACAACAUUUCGCAAGAAGAAGGACUUGUCUAGGAUUCUUUCUGACAUGCGGACGCUUUCAGCAGACUGGAUGGCAAAUACAAGCAAAACUGAAUCAGAACCAUUACAGCAUGGAGGUCAAGAAAGCAAAGGGAACUUCUUUUACCCAAGACCAGUUGCACCAACAGCUGCUCAGGUUCAUUGUCUACAAUUCUUAAUAUACGAGCUUGUUUCUGGUGGUAAUUUAAGGAAGCCUGGUGGGCUUUUUGGAAAUAGUGGCUCAGAAAUUUCAGUUAGUGAUAUGAAGCAGUUGGAAACAUUCUUUUACAAGCUUAGCUUUUUCCUGCAUAUUUUGGACUACACAGUGACAGUUACAACAUUGACAGAUCUUGGUUUCCUUUGGUUUAGAGAAUUCUACUUGGAAUCUUCUCGUGUUAUCCAGUUUCCCAUAGAGUGCUCUCUUCCAUGGAUGCUGGUGGAUCAUGUGGUCGAGUCACAGAAUACUGGUCUUAUAGAGAGCAUUCUGAUUCCGUUUGACAUCUAUAAUGAUUCUGCUCAGCAUGCACUUGUAGUGUUGAAGCAACGUUUCCUGUAUGAUGAAAUUGAAGCGGAGGCGGACCUCUGUUUUGAUCAACUUGUUUUAAAGUUGAGUGAGACAAUUUUUACAUAUUACAAAAGCUGGGCAGCAAGUGAGCUACUUGAUCCAUCGUUCCUCUUUGCCUUGGAGAAUGGUGAAAAAUAUUCUGUCAUACCUAUGAGAUUCAAUGCACUGUUAAAGAUGACUAGGGUAAAGUUACUGGGGAGAACCAUUGACUUACGGAGCUUGAUUGCUGAGCGGAUAAACAAAUUAUUUCGAGAAAACCUUGAGUUUCUGUUUGACCGUUUUGAGUCUCAGGACCUAUGUGCUAUUGUGGAACUAGAGAAGCUCGUUGAUAUCUUAAGGCAUUCCCAUGAGUUGCUUUCAAAAGAUCUUUCAAUGGAUUCAUUUGGUCUCAUGUUGAAUGAGAUGCAAGAGAACAUCUCUCUUAUUUCCUUUUCUAGUCGCCUUGCUUCUCAGGUUUGGACAGAGUUGCAGAAUGAUUUCUUGCCGAACUUUAUCUUGUGCAACACUACUCAAAGGUUUAUUCGGUCAUCAAAAGUCUCCCCUGUUCCUGUUCAAAAGCCAUCGAUGCCUUAUGCCAAGCCUAAUUUCUAUUGUGGUUCCCAAAGGGGGAGAGCCCCUCAAAAAUUGCACAAGCUCGUUACAUCUGUAUCAGUUGUAUCU